AUGCGUGCGCGUGCAAGCUCGGGCGGUGCGUCGUCCGACGACGGGAGUGUAGAAUCGGCCGGUGGCGGCAGGCGGCCGCGGACAGGUUCAGGCUCGUCGUCGUCGGCGGCUCGGAGCAGAGUCCUGCGAGUCGGCGUCAAUCCGCUCCGCCGCCGUGGCUCGUCGUCAAGCCUCCUCGCCUCGCCACGCCACGCCCCCGCCCGCCACCGCGGCUCGGGCACCGCUGCCGAGCCGACCCUCGACUUUACCUCCAUCCGCUCGCUGCUGGUCGACACAUCCGCGCUGGCGCACGCUGUCUUUGUUCUUGACGGCGUCCAGCACGAGCUUGAGUUUGAUCGCGCCGCCCCGUACUCUCACGUCCGUACACUCGUCCAUGAGGCCUUUGACGCGCCGCUGGACUCGCUCGCCAUCUACUACGACUUUGGCCACAACUCGUCGCUGGAAAUCACCAACGAUGACGAGCUCAACGCCGCCCUCGUCACCUGGAUCGGUGCCCCACCAGAGGUCUUCCGCUUGGAGCGGCGGCCGUAG